UUUGCCAUAACCUAUUAGUGAUAUCUGCUGAGCAUGUACCAAUUAGGAUAAGAAAAAUUGUUUAUCAUAUAAAUGUUGUAUUGAUUAUUGAGCAAUGAUAACAACUAAUUGACGCUACAGUUGAGUUCGAGAGAGUGCAAAGAGAUGUUGUUCCAAAAAAUUUCGAGCGUUUGCAAUCAAGGAGGCUUGCUGAGGAGGUUCCUGCACACGAACAAAGUACAAUUCAGGAAACACGAGCAUCCCUUCAGCAGAACGUGGCGAAUCCUCGGCGAUGACAUGAAGAAAAUCGUAAAUCCGCUGAAGAGGGAGGAGGAAAGGGGACCGUACAUGCCCUUGAAAACCCUUCCGCCUCACGCGGACAUCGUGAUCAUAGGUGGCGGAGCCGUGGGUUCGUCCAUAGCCUACUGGAUCAAAGAGAAAACGGGUCUUAAGGGGCUCAAUCUCGUGGUCAUAGAGAAGGAUCUGUCUUAUUCAAAAUGUUCAACCGUGCUCUCAAUGGGAGGACUGAGACAGCAGUUCUCUUUGCCAGAGAACAUUCACAUGUCACUGUUCGGCGCCGAAUUCAUGCGAACUCUGAAGAAGCGGUUCGGAGAAGAUGCAGAUGUUUACUUCACUCCGAAUGGGUAUUUGAUGAUGGCCAGCGAGCAGGGCGCCGGUCAGCUGAUGGACAAUUACAAGCUGCAGAAGGAACUGGGAGCCGUCAACACGCUUCUGGGGAAGGAAGCGCUGAAGAAGAGAUUCCCGUUUUUGAAUGUCGAUGAUGUCGAGUUGGGCUGUUUGGGUUUGGAGAAGGAGGGAUGGUUCGAUCCGUGGUCGUUCCUCUGCUUGAUGAGACGCGGAGCGAUGGAUCUGGGCGCGAAUUACAUAAGCGGCGAAGUCGUCGAUUUCACGUUCGAAAACCGCGACGAUAUUUACGUUGAGGGUAUCGAUAUGGGCGAGUACGAGGGUUUGGACGAGAUUGUGGUCAAAACGGCUGACGGUGAAUUGAACCACAUCAAAUUCGCUUACGCGAUCAUCGCCGGUGGCGGAGAUUCCGGAGAGAUCGCGAGGAAAGCGCGCAUCGGCACUGGACCGGGAAUGCUUUCUAUACCUUUGCCGGUGGAGAAGAGGAAGAGAUACGUGUACCACUUCGAGUGUCAGAGCAACGAAAUGCCCGGAAUUAACACUCCACUGACCAUCGACUACACGGGAACUUACUUCAGGAGGGACGGAUUAGGUGGAACGUUCUUGUGCGGAUUAUCGCCGGAAGCCCACGAAGAGCCGAGCAUCGAAAACUUGGAUGUAGAUCAUCAGUUCUUCGAUGAAAGGGUUUGGCCGAUCUUGGCGCACAGAGUACCUGCAUUCAACAGCCUUAAAGUGAAAAACGCCUGGGGCGGAUAUUACGAUUACAAUUGUUACGACGAGAACGGCAUCAUCGGUCCACAUCCCUACUACCACAACCUCUACAUGGCCACAGGAUUCAGCGGUCACGGAAUACAGCAGGCUCCUGCUGUAGGAAGAGCCGUUUCCGAGUUGAUCUUGGACGGAGGCUUCCAAACGAUAGACUUGACCAGACUAGGAUUCGACCGACUCAUAGUCGACAAGCCAAUGUUCGAGUCCAACAUAGUUUAGAAAAAUUGUUUAUUUUCCAAUGGAUUUAAAUUAUUUAUAAAUAAAAAUCGAAAACAUG